AUGUCUCUUCUCGCUGAUCGCGUUGCAUGGCAUCUGAUUCCAUCAAACUAUGUUGGACUUUCCCCGCCCGGCAGCCUAUCUAUGCCUGGGUCCAUCUCACGCCUGACCGCGACAUUGACCCCCAAUGCGGAUCCGGAAAAAUAUUCCACUUCAUUGAUGCUAUCCGGAUCAUCUGUUACACCUGUCGACGUUGCGCGAACAAUAGUGUCAUUAUCGUAUCUUAUCCUGGACCAUGGCGAUCGCGUAACUCCACCAAUUGUGCUCAAGGUCCGUUUCGUCCUCAUGGUGCGCUUCGACUGGACGUUCGCCCCGCCCUCAUAUACCGGUGCCCUGCGACUUAACGUUCGCAGCAAGAACCAGCUGCACCUCCCCGACCCAAACGAUGGCUCUCCACUGCAGUCAACCUCGGAUGACCGCACUGGCACAAUGGCCAUUAAGUGGAAUAUCGUUCAGCUCGGAAACGGGAAAUACUCUAUCCAGAACCAGUCAUAUGCGUCCUACGCCAACUGUGGACGCCGCGCAGCCUUGGACGCAGAAGUUGUCGGCAGAAAUCAGCAACAGCAAUUCAUGAUCCAGGAGACCCGUAUCCGUGGUCGCUACACCAUCUCUCCCACAGAUUCUCAACUCUUAUGGGGUCUCCCAGACGAUGAGCUCGAUACCCCUGUAACGCUCGCGCAGUCGUACACUGACACGCGCAACCAGUGGGAGUUCAUCCGUAUUUGA